UCAAGUUCUGAAAACCAGUUAACCGGGCAAGUGUCCUCUCUUCUACAUUGCCCGACGACGGGAAAUCGUACGUAAGUAGCGAUGAGAACAAAAUCUCCUGGUGGAGGCAGGGCUAAAAUUUCUACAAAACCUUCCCACCCUACCGUAGGGACAAUUUCUCUAGAUGAAGACGAUGCAGCGGUGCCUAAAACUUCUAAUGAGAGCAAUCGUGAUCUGCUAGAUGUUAGAAAGGUGGGAUCAAAAGACCACGUAGAUAAUGUAAUUGAUGAGGAUUCUAAUAGAAUCCUUCGUGAGAGUUUAGGUCAUGACAACAUUUUUAAAGAUGUUGUGGAUAGGAAGAUUUGCAUUCGUUGCAAUGAAGGUGGAGAAAUAUUAGUUUGUUGUGAAAGUGGUUGUCCUGUUACUGUCCAUGCAAAAUGCAUCAGCCGCGAACCUAAAUUUGAUGAUAUGGGAAACUACUACUGCCCUUAUUGCUGGUUAAAACGAACACUGGCAGAAGUCCAAGUACUGAGGAAUAAGGCCUUAACGGCGAAGAAAGAUUUGUCAGACUUUUUGGAUAGCAAUGCAAUUAUGAGCAAUAAAUUGGCCCAAAAAUAUGAGGAAGCAAAAAGAAAAGAGUCCCACGAGUUAUCCCUUGAGGGAAAUGGGGUCUGCAGAGAUUAUAGGAGUAGGCAGGGAAAUGGCCGUGCGUGCACACAGCCCUUGCAGAGAGUGGAAGAUCAACAAAAGGAAAUGCUAGGAGUGACUGCUAGUGCUGAUCAACAUGACAUAGCAAUUGAAGAUGACACUCAUGCAAAUGCUCAAGUAGCCGAUACUGGUGAUUCUAUGCAUCAUGGGGAAGAAAAGACACCAGCGCAUACGGAUCAGAUUGAUAAACCUAUGGCCGGAGAGGAAGUUGAUGUUCAUAAAAUUUCAGAAGCACAUAAAACCGCGUCUGUUGAAGGAAAAGAGGGGAUUGAGCCAGAGCACCCAAGAUAUAGUGAUAAAAACGUUCAUGAAGGGAUUCCUGAGGAUGAAGAGGAAGCAUCUCCAUCGAGUUCAUGCCAUUUGGGAAGGCACAAAGAGGGACUUUCACCUGAUAUUGCAUUUGUCAAAGGGACACAAGAAAGUGUUGCAGUGACUGUAGAUAACGAGGACACAAGGAAAGACAGAGAGAAGUUGCUCCAGAAUGAAUUAAGAGUGCCUUCUAUGGAUACUUCUAUCAGUGAAACUAAUGAGUCAGGUUCUGAAGCUCCCGUAGUGAAGAAAGGACGGAUAAAACAUAUGGCACAGAGGCAUCCUCAGAGAGUUAAGAAUGCUGUGGGUGAAGAUGGUUGUCACGAAGAUGAGGAAGUUACCAGUUCUGGAACUUUUAGACACGCCCAGAAAUCUUCUAAGCAAGGUAAAAAACUGACCUUACCAACUAGAAAGCGGAAGAGACUACACUGGACAACUGAAGAAGAAAAUAAACUAAAGGAAGGAGUUUUAAAAUUCGCGAAGGAAAACCGGAAUAUCCCUUGGAGGAAAAUUUUAGAAUUUGGUUGUGAUGUAUUUGAUAAUACGCGCACCCCGGUUGAUCUUAAGGAUAAAUGGAGGACCAUGACAGCGGGGGCAGGUAAAUUACUGUAUGUAGUUUAAUUGAUGAUUUAUUUUCAUAAGCCAAUGAAUUAAUGAACAAGUAGACUUUGUAGCGGUUUCCACGGGUAUCAUAGUCAUCUAAAUUCAAAGUCCAUGCAUUAAUGUGCUCGUUUAAGUUGAAAAAUGAAAUGAGAGAAGAGUGUAUUUGCUGAGGCUCAGCUUACUCUACUCGAUUGAGUCAUUUCAUUAUAUAUGUGAGAACAACUUACAGAAAGAGUAAACUCAAUAAGGAGAAAUCUUGUUUAGCAUUAAAAUAAUAGUAAUGAAUUGACUGAGUUUACAAGUUGUGCCUCUUGAAGUGUAUAACUCAGUUCGUGCAAGUAUUCAAGGAAGGCGAUGAUCUUGCAUGGACCUUUAUCUGCUGUGGAUUCAAUAAAUUGGAAUAUUUUUAUUCAAUUCAAACAUGGAAAAUGAAAUAAAUGGACAUAGAAAUCAGUUCUAGUUUUACGGUGAAUCAGUGAUUUAUGAGAUUCUCAUUUUUUUUCACAUGAUUAUCUUCGCAGUUUAUCAUGCUUAUCCUGACUUACCAUGACCAAUUGACUGCCUCUGUAAACAGGAUUAUAGCACCUUCAGUACAAGUAGCCUUCCUAAUAUUCGGAGCCUUUGUUUUCUUUGGACCAAGGGAAAAGGCAAGACGUUUGUCUCAGUCAUGUUUUCUCAGUCUUUCAGGCUUUGAGGACUUAGUUUCUCAUUUUCUUUACUCCUUGUUGCAUGCUGACGGAAUAACAUGAUAUUGUAAUAUAUCAAAGAAGUUAGUUGAGCGUUGGCCGGGGUGGUUAGGAGUGAUGACCGUUAGCCUCGUAUGACCAUAAGUAGAUAGACUAGGGAUUAAUUGUAAUAGGUUUUUGGUUUAGGAAGUGUUUGGAUAGAAACGAAACUAUGAU